UAUUCAUCUCGUAUCGCAUUGCAGCUGCAAUCGUGACGCUGACCCCGUGUACUAUUUCUCAACGUUUACAUUCGUCCGUUGAGAACAGUGUGCCAUGUGCGUGUCACGAAAAUAGAACUUUUUUUUUCACGUCACUGCGCUCGACGUCUCCCCUCUGAUGUUCUCUGAUACGACGGUGGUGAACUAAAUAUAUACAGACACACACACACACACACACACACACACGUACCGAGCAAUCCACGAUAAUCGUGUGUAGCGACGACAAGGGCUUCGGUGUGAGAAGAUCACUGCUUCCAUUCUUUCUCGACCGAUUACCAUGCAGGUCAAUUACCCACGUUAAUAGACGCAUAAUUCACUUUGGACUUUGGGGGCGUUUCAGUUGCGAGAUAAACUAAUAGUGUAUUACGAGAGGGGGAUAUAACGUCUCGCGGGUAAUGGGUCCAGUGAAACGGACGUAAAUCAAUUCCGGGAAAUCAAAGCAGGAUAAACCAUGAUGUUAAGAUCGGACAUCGAGGCGGACGUGAAGCGCGAUGGAUGCUCGAAACUCCCGCCUACGCAGGACGCGUCGGUGUCGUUGUCACACCUGAAAAGAAUGGCUCCUGUCGACGUCGAGUUUAACGAGCUCACCUAUACGAUACCCUAUGGUAGAAAAGGUUCGAAAGUGAUCUUAAGGGGAGUCUGCGGACAAUUCAGAUCUGGACAGGUCACCGCGAUUCUGGGCCCGUCAGGCUCUGGAAAAUCUACUCUGUUGAAUAUCCUAGCCGGAUACAAAUCGACAGGUGUCAGUGGACACAUUAGCCUGAAUGGACGGGUGGAGGGUGUGGACCGAUUGAAAAAAGUGUCCUGUUACAUCAUGCAAGAGGAUUUGAUACAACCGAGGCUGACGAUAUACGAGGCGAUGCAAUUCGCCGUCGAUUUGAAGCUCGGCAAUGUCUCGAGGAAAACGAAACUCACCGCUAUUGAUGAGAUCCUGGACAUUUUACGACUGAGACGCGCGAAAAACACGCCCGCCGAGAAUCUGUCUGGUGGCGAGAGGAAGAGGCUCUCGAUCGCUUUGGAACUCGUGAACAAUCCUCCCGUUAUAUUUCUCGACGAGCCGACCACAGGACUGGACGAAAUAUCGGCCACGCAGUGCAUCGAUCUUUUGAAUUAUUUCGCGCGACUGGGCAGAACCGUGAUCUGUUCCCUCCAUACACCGAGCGCGAGCAUUUUCGCGAAGCUUGACCACGUUUACGUCGUGUCCGGUGGUCAGUGCAUCUACAGGAGCACGGUGGCCAAUCUGGUGCCGUUUUUUCGGCAAGUGGGCAUCGAGUGCCCGAAACAUUACAAUCCUGCCGAUUUCGUGAUCGACGUAUCCGCGGGUGAAUACGGCACGGAAUGGGUCGGACGUAUGGCGAGUCUGGUGGCCACGGAACAGCCAAUUGUUCCUCUCUUACGAUCGACGACGAUCACGCAGCAACAGCUGCAACUCGCUAAAUGGAUGCCGAAACUGUCCUGGUACGAUCAGUUUCUCGUUCUCUCGAGACGUAUGAUGCUGCAGCUGUACAGAAACAAGAAUUAUCUGUAUCUGAAAAUAGGCCUACACAUAUUCCUCGGCUUUAUGGUUGGCGGUCUGUUCUUGAACGUCGGGAACGACGGAUCGAAAACUCUGUUUAACUUUGGCUUCUGCUUCGCCUGUUUGAUAGUCCUCCUCUACGUACCUAUGUUACCGGUAUUGAUGCACUUUCCCUCGGAGGUGCAACUGAUCAAACGGGAAUAUUUCAACAUGUGGUACAACCUGUGUCCGUAUUAUUUGGCUCACACGUUAACCAACAUACCAGCGCAGUUACUGGUAUCGUCGAUAUAUUUAUCGAUGGUGUACGUAAUUACGGGGCAACCGAUGGAAUUCUUUAGAUGCGCGACGUUCUUCGGGAUCUGCUUUAUAUGCAUGUUUAUAGCCGAAAGCAUCGGCCUGGCAAUAGGCAGCACCUUGAAUAUAGUGAACGGGACAUUUGUUGGGCCUGCGCUGACUGUACCGCUAAUGCUGGUCGCGGUACAAGGUAUGGGCGAGCAACAGGCGCUGCCCAUUUAUCGUAAACUGAUAAUGUAUCUGAGUUACAUUCGGUACGGUCUGGAAGGCCUCGUCACUAUUCUAUACGGGUACAACAGAAACAAAUUGUAUUGCUCGCCAUCGGAAAUAUUCUGCGAGUUCACAAUGCCUAAGCAACUUUUACUGAUAAUGAAAAUGGAAAACGUGGUGGUCUGGGUGGAUGUGCUUGCUCUGAUAAUAAUUCUCAUUGUACUAAGGGUUCUUACAUACUACUUACUGAGACAGAGGUUUAAGCCGAACAGAACGUUCCGAGCCCUACACUUCAUCGGUAGGCUCGCGAAGAGUCAUUUUAAUAUCAAUACUUAAGAAGAUAGUUCUGUAAUUUCCAGGAUUUUCGUGUACAGAAUAACAGUUAGAAUAACAUUGAACGUUUUUAUACAUUCUUAGUGAUACUGGACCAAAUGAUCGAAUGAUUGCGUGGUGGAAAAAGAGUAUUCGUGUUUGGAUGUACAUUGAUGGUUGAUGGCAGAUAAGGCAUUAUUUAGGAAAGGCGUUCUUUUUCUAUUUUGUGGCCAUCAAUGGUAUUUAAAAGAAAGAAAUAUUAAUAGACUUCAAUCGAAAAAGAAUGCAUUCUUAGGAAAUGUUCUUGAACCAUCAAGACCGCCUGAGAUUAUGUUUAGCGAUAAAAUCCGUUGGGAUAACAACGUUACAAAUGCUUGACAAGUGUCAUAUAUUCUCUCGUUCUUUCAUAAUAUAUUACUGAAUCGUAAUCAUUACAGAUAUUUUUUUGGAUUAUCGAUAGUUAUACGGAAUAACAUUAAAUCGGUUUCACUGAAAUUCAUUUUCAAAUUUUCGAUUAUCGAACAGCGUCGGUAGCGACACUCAGCGUAGGGAGACCGAACUAGAAUGAAAGUUGCAUUGCUAUGUGCAUGUCGGGUUGCAUGUAUCAAAACACAAAGAACAAUUAUGUAAUCUAAUCUAAUCUGAUUACUUUUUGUAUUGAUAAUAUUUGCUAGUAACGUUCUGUUUCAUACGCUACACCGAGAAAAUGUAAAGGAAACAAAACACUUUAUGAGCAUUACAUCUGUUGC